AUGAGUCGUGUUUUGACAUCAGAACUUUCUGAGAUGUCCAUUGGGCCCGAUUCCAUUGAGACAAAUGGUUCUGCUCAUCGAAUGGGAGAUUCAUCUCCAAUGGGACGCAUUAAUCCAUGGAAAGGUCGUGCAGUAACGUCUAAUAGCGUUAAAGGGAUGGUUGAUGGCCCAUCCGGUGCAUCCUCACAACUACGGGAUGUAACUGGAGGAAGUUCUUCCAGCGAAAAACUAUUUGAGGCGGAUGCCUGGCCUGAGCCCUCGGCUCCGUUUGAGCGUCGUGUAACGGUGUCUGGUUCAGGCACUAGAUCAAUUGACGAAAAACCGAAAAAUAAAAAACUUGGCCGAAAGUGGCAAAAUAUUGAGAUCGAAUUCGUCACCUCACGCGGAGGUAGCAGUGGGAAUCGCGGCGGUGUACGUUUGCCAUCUGGGGCGACGAACGCCAACCAUCACUCCCUCUCGUUGAUCCCACCAUCGAGUUCGGAAAUCAAUUCACCCACUUCAUCCACUCUCUCUCGCGGUGGUGGUGGUAGCAAUCGUAGGGGAGGGUUGACGUCAAACGGUUCUUUUAAUCGCGGACGUGGUAAUAGACACAUUAACGGUUAUUAUCAGUCUCGUGCAUCAUUGCGGGCUCCAGACCAGGACGUGGUGCAGGAGCCCUCCAAUGAUGUCUCAGAGACUAGCAACAUGGAACCAGUGUCUAAGGCGGUUCCCACUGCCUUCGUAAGUGGGGUGCCGCGCGGGGCGUACUCAUCACGGGGGCGUAGGGCUGGCUCUCGAGGUGGCGGGUAUACGAAUACCAGUUACGUGUCAAAGAAUAGCGGAACAAGUGCUUCACAGCCCAAUACAUCCACCCCUUUGACGGUACCCCAGCAGGUUUCCGUAGCAGCGGCAGCUGUUGCUGCUCAAGCGAUGCCUCAGUUGCCCGCUGUUGGACCAGUUACUUAUUUAUUCCCCAAUAUGUUGGUGCCCGGACCGGCGGUCUUUCCAAUCCCACCACAAACGUUCCCCGUGACCACGGAAGCGGCCGUCAUGGACGGUGGCGCAGCUGCUUUGCAAGCUGCGGUUCUCUUACCUCAGCCCUCUCCCCAGGCCUGCCUCGUCUCUCCUGAGCCGACUUCCUCUGCGGUUCGCAAUCCACUAAGAGAGGAUGUCACGCUUGAAGAGUUGCUUGAAUUUCUCAGUCAGUACAGAUGGUCCAGAGUCCGGAUGCCAGAUCAUUUUCGGAACCAUCCAACUGUGGCUGCAGCUAUGCAGGCGGUCGGAAUGGCCGCUGCGACCGGUGACGAAACUGCAGCCGAGUUUCCGAGGGAGGGUGCAGCUAGCCCUGCUAUGGAGAAAAAGGAGGAUAUAAUUGUUGUUGAUGACAGAUUCUACUUUGUUCCUUUGAAUUCGCAUUUAACUAAGUUCCUAAAGUUUCAUUCCAAACAGGAUUAUAUCCGUCACCACGUCGAAUAUUACUUCAGUGACAUUAAUCUACAGCGGGACGAACAUUUAGUGAAGCUUAUUUGUAUGAAUAAGUACACGUGUCCUAUCGGCGCACUUCUCGGUUUCAAUAGAUUACGUUACGUUAAUACAACAGAAGAUGAACUCAUAGAAGGCGUUACGAAUAGUUCAACCGUCACUGUUGUAUACGACGACCAACAACGGGCCGUUGGUGUGACUCCUCAAAAUCCAUCGGUUUUGCGGGCUACUGCGGUCGCUUACCCAACGUCCUUUGAUUGCACUUCACAGCAAUCCACACAGGCGCCUGAUUUACAGCAACCAAAGUCUUCCGAAGUUGAAUCUUCUCAGGUGUUAAUGCCUGUCGGCUCUAUAGGCAGUCUGCCGUUCGUGUUGUCCAAUGGCAUCCCUGCGCCCCCUGUUCCUGGUUUGCAGCCCAACGGAAGUCAUAUUUUCCAGUCUCCCCAUUUUCUUCCUUAUCCGGGUGUUCCGACCUUACCGUCAUAUUAUGGCGCAAAUACUUUGCCCGGAACGGUCGCGACCGGCGCCGCCGGAGAUCACACAGUUACGAUGAAUCCAGCACCUGCCCCAGAUAGUACAAAUGUGUGUUAUCGUCCUCUAUGGCCAACUCCAUCAGUCUUUCCUCAAGCUCCAGCGUCAUUUCUUCCAUACAUUACAUCACAGCACCAGCCAUUUUAUGUCCCGCUGUUGCAGCCACCGCCAGCUGGUUUGACCUCUGUUGCUGCUUCGGUUCAUAAUAAUAUAUCGAGAAACCCGCCUGUGCCGUUUCUCCCCGUUUCUGUUGCAGUUUCCAGUACACAAUUAUCGGUUCCACAGCAGAGGACGUAUGCUGUUUCCGUUAGAGCUCCACACCGACCCCCCAGCAACCGAACCAUUAGCGGCGACUGCAAAGUCAUUGACGAAACAUUAGAACAAAAUUCGUAA